CACAUCCUGAGCUGUUGCCCAAAGGCUCUUGGGCAGGGCCGGUACACAUGAUGUCACGACCAGGUUCUCAAACCCAUUGCAGAAGCUAUCAGCAUGGAAAUCAGCAGCUGCAGACGAGAACGCCCCACAACCCAGAUGAUCACCUUUGUGAAGGCCGGAGUGCAGCUGCCAAGAACCACAGCAGCCAGGAAUCAGUCAGGAAUCCUGGCAACUGCGCAGGACUGGCAGCUUUCCGUAGACCUGGUGAAACAGCUGAAUUUCCCAUGGCACAUUGCCACGACCACCCUGAGGCCAGAUAUCCUCCUGGUCUCAGAGGCGACCAAAAACAUUGUCUUGUUAGAACUGACAAUGCCGUGGGAGGACCGUCUGGAGGAGGCCCAUGAGAGGAAGAUGGCCAAGUAUGAAGAACUGGUCAUAGACUGCCGCAAGCAGGGCUGGAAGGCAAGGUGUAUGCCCAUCGAGGUUGGCUGCAGAGGUUUUGCAGGGCAAUCGCUCUACAAAACCUUGAGUGCACUGGACAUCAACGGAGUGCCGAAGAGAAGGGCCAUCAAGAACGUCACAGAGGCAGCGGAGAACGGCCUCGAGAUGGCUCUGGAUCAGGAGAGGAGGUCCAUGGGGAGGAGCGAAUGCCACCAGAACACAAGUCGUGGUCUGAUCAACCACGGCUGGGUCGCCUGGGUGAGGGUGUUUGAUGUUGAAAGACCCGAAACACCCAAUGACCCUAGGUUACAUCACUGAUGAUGUGUUCAGGAGCAUCUAUAGAUGUAUUUGUAUCAAAUUAACGUUUAAAAAGCAUUCUUGUUUUGUAAAUGGUUUUUGGAAGCAGAUUUGAUUGAGAUUUUGCAAUAUAAUUGUCAAUAAGGAACAAUUCUUUAAGAAAUAUUUCCCAUCUAUUUAUUAUACAGAUUUAUUUUUUCUUCACUCAAGUGGACUGCAUUUUGUGAGUCGGGGCCUCCCGAGCCCCCCGCAGUCGCCGCUACGGGCGUCCCGAUGUUCAAACCCUCUCGCUGGGAUGAUGGAACUCUGACGUCGGAACGGAAGAACACCCUCAGUGGCAUGGACUUCCGAAUCGGCCACAUCCUACCGGAGACCGCGGCUCCAGAAGUCCACAGGCUGAACUGGGCAGAGAGGCACGCUGGCGGCCCUCGGCAAAUGGAUCCCAGGGCUCCGCGAUGUUGAAAUCAGCGCAGCCCGCGGCUGGGAGCUCUGCAAACCACAGCUCCAUGAUGUUGAAGCAGCAGGCCCAACACUCCGGAGCAUCAAACGGCGAUCCAGAAUCACCUGAAGGACAUCCUAAUAGCAGUGAUAUCCAGGAGAGGAUCAUACCGUUUACGUGACGGACAUUUAAAAUAUGCGUUUGGAAGUAGCAUCAAUCCCCAGCCAUAUUUAAAGAACAGCAUUAUUGCGUACAACAACAUUAUUGACUGGUAAGGAAUAUAUCAAAUGUAUAUUGACAUGUUAAUUUGUUGAAGAA